CGAGCAGUAGCCACGACCGCCACCACCAGGCAGAGAAAGAGUUCGUGAGGAGGGAGAGACCCUCCUUCCACUUGGAGCGCCUUGUGUCUGCUUUUGGAAAGACAGAAUACAAGAUAAAGGAGGAGACGGAAAGAAGGAGGGGGAAAAGUGAGGAGGGAGAGAGAGAGAGAGGGGAGAAAAAAAAAGACGCGAACAGAGAGGGCCGGAGCGUGCCGGGCGCCCGAGGCGCGGGGGCGGCGGUGCCGAGCCAAGAGCGCUGCCGCUUGGGCAGGUGCCGGGCCGCUGCCUGGAGGCGGCAUGUGACGCGGCCGCAGCUGCCCGCGGGCGGAGCGCUCUCGGACCCGGGAGCGCACACCGCGGGGCAAGUCGGUGCCUCCGGAUCCCCGCGCUGCUGGUGAGAUCGCCGGCGGUAGCCUCGCUUCUGCAAAGACGCGCGAUGAACCGAAGGGCGGCUCCGGGCAUGGGCGUGCGGUCCUAGGACACUCGCUCCCGGAGCGCCGAGCAGGAGGCGACUAAAGGACAGGGGACCCGGCGACCCCCGUGAGUCGAGGAGGCGCGGGCGGCCGGCGUGGGACGGUCACCUGGAGCGCAGCGGCCAGAUCUGAACGGUGAUGGCACACAUUGCAGUUAUGAGUCGCUCAGUGAGCUGUGGAUCGACGGAACGAUAAGCAUGCCUGUCGUGAUGUAUGCCGCGAAGCCUCUUCACUACAUCUGUGUUCUGGUCAGAGGCCAAAUAAAUGACAUUCAGAACUUCUACUGAGGUACUAUAAGCUUUCGUGGUAACAUGGCCCCUGUUUUCCUUCUACAAGAGAAAUUCAGCACACAGCAGAGUCCUUGAUAAAUUGGAUUAGUUUGAUGAUCCCACUUGGAAUAGACUAUGUCAGAGAAUCACAAUGACCUUGCACAAUAACAGUACAACCUCGCCUUUGUUUCCAAACAUCAGCUCCCCCUGGGUACACGGCCCCUCGGAUGCAGGGCUGCCCCCAGGAACGGCCACCCACUUUGGCAGCUACAACAUUUCUCGAGCAGCUGGGAACUUCUCCUCUCCCAAUGGCACCACCAAUGACCCUCUGGGAGGUCACACCAUCUGGCAAGUGGUCUUCAUCGCCUUCUUGACGGGCGUGCUGGCCUUAGUGACCAUCAUCGGCAACAUCCUGGUGAUAGUGGCCUUUAAGGUCAACAAGCAGCUAAAGACCGUCAAUAACUACUUCCUCUUAAGUCUGGCCUGUGCUGAUCUGAUUAUUGGGGUCAUUUCAAUGAAUCUGUUUACUACCUACAUCAUCAUGAACCGAUGGGCUUUAGGGAACUUGGCCUGUGACCUCUGGCUCUCCAUCGACUACGUGGCCAGCAACGCCUCGGUCAUGAAUCUUCUGGUCAUCAGCUUCGACAGGUACUUUUCCAUCACGCGGCCACUCACAUACCGAGCCAAACGAACCACAAAAAGAGCCGGCGUGAUGAUAGGUCUGGCUUGGGUCAUCUCCUUCAUCCUUUGGGCCCCCGCCAUCUUGUUCUGGCAGUACUUUGUUGGGAAGAGAACUGUGCCCCCAGGGGAGUGCUUCAUUCAGUUCCUCAGCGAGCCCACCAUCACCUUCGGCACGGCCAUCGCUGCCUUCUACAUGCCUGUCACCAUCAUGACUAUUUUAUACUGGAGGAUCUACAAGGAAACUGAAAAACGCACCAAAGAGCUCGCCGGCCUGCAAGCCUCGGGGACAGAAGCAGAGGCGGAAAACUUUGUCCACCCCACGGGCAGCUCUCGAAGCUGCAGCAGCUAUGAGCUUCAACAGCAAAGUAUGAAACGCUCGGCCAGGAGGAAGUACGGACGCUGUCACUUCUGGUUCGCCACCAAGAGUUGGAAGCCCAGUGCCGAGCAGAUGGAUGCAGACCACAGCAGCAGCGACAGCUGGAACAACAACGACGCUGCUGCCUCCCUGGAAAACUCGGCCUCCUCCGACGAGGAGGACAUCGGCUCCGAGACGAGGGCCAUCUACUCCAUCGUGCUCAAGCUUCCCGGCCACAGCACCAUCCUCAACUCCACCAAGUUACCCUCAUCGGACAACCUGCGGGUGCCUGACGAGGAGCUGGGGGCGCCGGACUUGGAGAGGAAGGCUGGCAAACUGCAGACCCAGAAGAGCGUGGACGAUGGAGGCAGUUUCCAGAAAAGCUUCUCCAAGCUUCCCGUCCAGUUAGAGUCAGCCGUGGACACAGCCAAGACCUCUGAGGCCGACUCCUCAGUGGGUAAGGCCACGGCCACCCUCCCCCUGUCCUUCAAGGAAGCCACUCUGGCCAAGAGGUUUGCUCUGAAGACCAGAAGUCAGAUCACCAAGCGGAAGCGGAUGUCCCUCAUCAAGGAGAAGAAGGCGGCCCAGACCCUCAGCGCCAUCUUGCUUGCCUUCAUCAUCACCUGGACCCCCUACAAUAUUAUGGUUCUGGUGAACACCUUUUGUGACAGCUGCAUCCCCAAAACCUAUUGGAAUCUGGGCUACUGGCUGUGCUAUAUCAACAGCACCGUGAACCCCGUGUGCUAUGCCCUGUGCAACAAAACAUUCAGAAACCACUUUCAAGAUGCUGCUCUUGUGCCAGUGUGACAAACGCAAGAGGCGCAGGCAGCAGUAUCAGCAGAGACAGUCAGUGAUCUUCCACAAGCGCGUGCCCGAGCAGGCCUCGUAGAGCGGGGUCUUACCAAUCGCGGUGACCAAACGCACGCACG